AUGGCAAAUAAAAUAUUAGAUCCAAUUUUUAGAUUAUACGAUCCGAUUCGUUAUUCGUUUAACAAGAAAAAAGAGGAUUAUAUUAUCAUCUCACCGACUGUUGGUUCUAAAUCCCAAUUGAAUGAUGGUGGUGGUAGAAUUACCUUCGAAAUAAAUUCAUUAUCGAAUUGGUUGCUUCUUUCCGAUGCUUAUUUCAGAUGUGAUUUCAAAAUUAAAGAUGGAACUCAGAAUCAAGCACCACAAACUAAUACAACUUUAGAAAACAAUUUCUUUCCAUCUUUAUUUAGCGAGAUGGUUUUGGAAGCUGGUUCAAACCCGAUAGAAACAAUUAAACAUCCUGGGGAAUUCGACACAAUGUUGAAAACAGUUUUAUAUCCUAAAGAUUUCGAUUCAGUCUCAGGUUGGAUACCCGAUGUUGGUGAUGGAAGUGUUUUAAAAGAAACGGUAAGAAACGUUGCAAAUGAUGCCGAUUUAGAUAGAUUUCGGGGAAGGGAAAUGUACAAAUGUACAGGCCUAGGGUGGAGCAGACACUUUAUUUAG